AUGGAUUGUGAUAUGAUGACGAGUGAUAAGCCUCAUGCUGUGUGCAUCCCAGUUCCACUUCUAAGUCAUGUUAUGGCAAUGCUAAAUGUUGCAAAACUUCUCCACCAAAGAGGCUUUUUCAUAACAUUUGUCAUCACAGACUAUGUUCAUAAGCGCAUAAUCAAGUCAAGAGGCCCCAAUUCUCUUGAUGGUAUUCUUAACUUUCAGUUCAAAACCAUUGCCGAUGGUAUUAUGGCGCAGGGCACUGAUAUUGAGGCACCACAGGACAUGGCCGCUAUUUGUAUAGCCAUUUCUAACAAUUUCAUAGCUCCAUUUCGUAGCCUACUUUCUCAACUCAAUCAUGAGGCUACUCCGCCAGUUAGUUGUAUUGUUAGUGAUGGUGGUUUGUCGUCGUUCACCAUUAAAGCUGCCAUGGAAUUUAACAUUCCUAUUGCACACUUGUGGUCUGUUAGUCCUUGCAGCUUUCUGGGUUUUAUGCAUUUUGGUGAUCUUGUCAAGCGAGGGGUAAUUCCAUUUAAAGAUGAGAGCUAUUUAAGCAAUGGCUAUCUCAAUACUACUAUAGAUUGGAUUCCAGGGAUGAAGAGUAUAAGACUUAAAGAUCUACCAAGUUUCAUUCGAACAAGUAAUCCAAAUGAUAUCUUUUUGAAAUAUUUUAUCGAGCAAACAAAGUGGACUCGAAAAGCUUCCGCUAUUAUAUUGAACACUUUUGAUGCACUAGAUCAUGAAGUUUUGGAUGCUCUUUCUUCAAUGCUUCCUCCAAUUUAUACUAUUGGUCCACAUCACUUACUUUCAAGGCAAAUCAAGGACCAAAGUGAAGAAGCAAUAGCUACAAAUUAUUGGGAAGAUAAUCAUGAGUGCAUCACAUGGCUUGAUUCCAAGGAACCCAACUCAGUGAUUUACGUAAAUUUUGGAAGCAUAACUAUAAUGACAUUUAACCAAAUCACUGAAUUUGCAUGGGGCCUUGCAAAUAGCAAACAACCCUUUUUAUGGAUCAUAAGGCCUGAUCUUGUCAAUAGCGAUUCACUCAUUUUAUCCCAUGAUUUUCUGGAAGAAACAAAGGGAAUUGGGAUGAUAGCUAGCUGGUGUGCUCAAGAGGAGGUUCUAAAGCACCCAUCAAUAAAAGGGUUUUUAACUCAUAAUGGAUGGAAUUCAACCCUUGAAAGCAUAUGUGGUGGAGUGCCAAUGAUAUCAUGGCCAUACUUCGCCGAUCAACCAACAACUUGUCUAUAUUGUUGUGAGAAAUGGGGCAUUGCAUUGGAAAUAGAUAAUGAUGUGAAGAGAGAUGGAGUUGAGAGUUGUAUCAAAGAGCUUAUGGAAGGAAAGAAAGGCGAAGACAUGAAAGCCAAAGUUAUGGAGUUGAAAAGAAAAGCUGAGGAAUCAUGUAGACAUGGAGGCUCUUCUUACUUUAACUUGAACAAGCUAAUAACCGACGUCCUAUUAUCGAAAUGCUAUGGUGAAGUGAAGUAGUCGAAGUCUUCCCUUUAGCCCAACAAUAAAAACUUUUAUUGAAAUUCAAUGUCGUUUUAUUUUUAGUAUUUAAUGAUUUAGACUUUGUAAUUUAUAACAUUUGGAGUUCGUACUUAAUAAUAUCAUGUUAUUAUGUAAA